GUGCAGGUAGGUGAAGGAGAGAAGAGAGAGGAAGGAAGGAGUUCCUCUAAAUACAGUUUAAAGGAUAUGUUUCAUCCAACCCUUCGCUACAUCAGUAUUAUUCUGAUGAUAUGUUGGCCUAUUGUUACUCUUGGUUACUAUGGUAUAACCUUCUCCAUGGCUAACCUAAACGAUGAUACUUUUGUAAGUUUUAUUGUGAGUUCUCUGGUCGAGAUACCAGCAUACAUUGUGGUAACUUUGUUUAUGGAUGUUUGGGGACGGAAACCUCUCUUUUCCCUCUCUCUAAUCAGCUCAGGAGCUCUCUGUAUUGGUUGUGGAUUACUUGAAGAAGGAACAACCAAGACGGUUUUAGCGAUGUUUGGUAAAUUCUUCGCCUCGUCCAGUUUUGCUCUAGUGUACAUGUUCACAGCUGAACUGUUCCCUACAACUAUCCGUUCCUCAGCAGUAGGAAUAUGUUCCUUGAUGGCCAGGAUUGGAGGAAUAUCAGCUCCGCAGAUAGCGAUUGCACUACCUAAGGUGACAAGUGAUGCAGCUCCCUUCUAUGUAAUGGGAGGUUGCUCUAUAUUUGGAGGAGUUCUAUCUCUGCUUCUCCCGGAGACACUUGGAACCAAUCUUCCGGAGACCUUUGAGGAUGUGGAAAACAUCAAGAAGAACGCUAAACCCAUCUGGAAAUGUGUCAGCUAUGCCAAAGCUGAAUAAUAAAUUUUUAAAAUUUUGAA